CGGUUUCCCUCCAAGGCUGUUGGAGCAGAAGCUGGUGGACGGGAAGCAGGAACUAAGACGGGGGAAGUAAGAAGUGUAUAAUGAGAGCACUGAUGUUACGCUCAUCGGUCCGCUCUUUGGUGACAGUUUUCGGCACAUUUUCCGCUUCUAGCCGCAAAGUUAUUGCACAAGCAGCAGCUGUUUCUCACCGGUAUUAUUUCAGAAAAACGAUGCACUAUCAAACGGAGCAGAGAGGACACCAGAAUUCUCCCGACUACCGGCUUUAUUUUAAAACCUCAGAUGGGAAAUACAUUUCGCCAUUCCACGAUAUUCCACUAAUAGCAGAGACAGAACAGGCAAAUGAUGUACCUGCUAAAAAGUCCAAGAAGAGUGAGAGUGAGGUGCUCUACAACAUGGUGGUGGAGGUACCAAGAUGGUCAAAUGCUAAAAUGGAGAUUGCGAUAAAGGAACCGCUGAAUCCGAUCAAGCAGGAUGAAAAGAAAGGAAAGCUCCGAUAUGUUGCCAACAUAUUUCCCCAUAAAGGUUACAUUUGGAAUUAUGGGGCACUUCCACAGACAUGGGAAGACCCAGGCCAGAAAGACAAAGAAACCAACUGCUGUGGUGACAAUGACCCCAUUGACGUUUGUGACAUAGGCACCCAAGUGUGCUCUACUGGUCAGGUGAUCCAAGUAAAAGUGCUUGGCAUCUUGGCCAUGAUUGAUGAAGGAGAAAUGGACUGGAAGGUCAUAGCUAUCAAUGCUGAAGACCCUGAUGCCAAAAAUCUAAAUAGUAUAGAGGAUGUCCGCAAGAACCGACCCGGUCAUUUAGAGGCCACUGUUGAGUGGUUUAGGAAAUAUAAGGUGCCGGAUGGAAAGCCUGAAAAUAAAUUUGGAUUCAAUGGGGAGUUCAAAGACAAGGACUUUGCAGUUGAGAUCAUUAAGUCCACCCACGAGCACUGGAGGGCACUAGUACAGAAGCAAAAAAAUACUGGAGGAAUUGACUGCAAAAACACGUUAUGUUGUGAUAGCCCUUUCAGAUGUACCACUGAUGAGGCCAGAGAAGUAGUCCAGUCGGCUCCUGCAUUUGGCAGCGCGCAUCCUGUGUCUCCAGAGGUGGACAAGUGGCAUUUUGUCUGACGCUCCCAAAACAGCAUGGAUACAGUCAAAACGUCUGAACACCUAAUGAGGGAUUCUUCUGCAUUCUUAUUUUGUAUGGAGCCAUUUCAAAGAGAGCCAUCCACGCUCUAUUAUUUGUUGAAUAAAAGAAACACACAAACUAAAGAAUUGUGCUGAAGUAUCAGACUUGAAGUCGAAUCUGAUUUAUGGUGCCACAAUUGGCAUGUGUUUGAAUUUUUUUGCUAGUAUGCCAAUUAUCAUUUGUCAUGGGGAAAAAAAGACUCCUUUUUUAUGAUUGUGAAUUAUGCUGUAUUUGUAUUCAAGGACUGUUGUGGCCAUGUCUAGUUUAUAUUUAUAUAGUCCUCUAAUUUCCUGUACACCUGUAAUUGUUCUUGCAGAUACAGCACCACACACUUUGUAUGUAACAAGUAAACGUUUGGAUAAAUUAAAAGGAAAAUCUUAAA